GGGCACACAAAUUGGAUACGAUUGGGCAGCGCCUAAAUAUGGUUUACUUUAGUCCGCGUGGCAUGCAACCGUGUAGUCCAUCGGGUGUUGUCGCUAUGAUGCCGCCAUCGAAAAGUCCCAUCAUGGAAACCGCCGCCAGUGAUGGCAAUCAAGCUAGCAGCGAUGCCAAGCGCUCGUGUCCACUUAAGUUCUCCAUUGCCAAGAUCAUGGAGCCGGACAACAAGCAGGCAGCGCCGCCCUCUCUUUCCUCGCUGCAACAACAACAACAACAAGAACAGCUAAAUCAGCAACAGUCUGAGGAACAUGCUCUGCUGGAGGAGGAACCACGUAACCCGGAUACGUACGCGGAUUCGGAGCGCUCAUGCAGCCCCAUUGAGGUAACGGGCGAUGAGGAGCCGGCAGCUAUGACGGCUAUCAACUACGACUCGGCCUUCAAGAAAUAUGUGCCCGGAUCAAGCUUGAGCUCCGCCACAGCUUCUGGCUCAGCCUCGGCCAGCGCUGUGCAGCAGUUUGUCAGCACGCGGCAUCAGGAACUGCUGUCGCAGUAUCCCCUGCUCUACUAUGCGCCCAACCAGCUGAUGUGCGCCGCUGCCGCCGCCCAGUACGCGGCUCUGACUGCCCAGCAGCAGACGCUGGCCAGCGCGGCGCACAUCAGUAGCUUCACAGCCUCCCUCAACGCCACGCUGCAUCAUUCGCAGACGCUGCGUCGCAACUUGGGUCAUCCACUGGCGGCAGCUGCCGCUGCUGCUGCAGUGGCUCAGUCCCAGUCUCAACAGCAGCCAUUGGCACCGCAGCAGAGCCUGGAGAAGUCUCCUAUCCGGGCUCCACAUGUGCCCCAGCAUGCCAGCCUGAAGCGCAAGCGCUCGCCCCAAGGCGACGUAACAACGCCGCCAUUGACAUUGCCGUUGCCGUUGCCGCCGCCAGUUGGAACAUCGUCGCAUUUGUCUGUGGCACGGUCGCGGUCGCCGUCGCCGCACGGCUCGAUGGAGGACAGCAGCCCGGGCUCGGCCAAUGGGGGCAAGCCGAAGACCUUCUCGUGCUUGGAGUGCGGCAAGGUUUUCAAUGCGCACUACAACCUAACACGGCAUAUGCCGGUGCAUACGGGCGCCCGGCCAUUUGUGUGCAAGGUGUGCGGCAAGGGUUUUCGGCAGGCGUCGACCCUGUGUCGCCACAAGAUCAUACACACCUCGGAGAAGCCGCACAAGUGCCAGACGUGCGGCAAGGCCUUUAAUCGCAGCUCCACGCUGAACACGCACGCUCGCAUCCAUGCCGGCUAUAAGCCAUUUGUGUGCGAGUACUGCGGCAAGGGAUUCCACCAGAAGGGCAACUACAAGAACCACAAGCUGACCCACAGCGGCGAGAAGGCGUACAAGUGCAACAUUUGCAACAAGGCGUUCCACCAGAUCUACAAUCUCACCUUCCACAUGCACACACACAACGACAAAAAGCCGUACACGUGCCGGGUCUGCGCCAAAGGCUUUUGCCGCAACUUCGACCUGAAGAAGCACAUGCGCAAGCUGCAUGAGCUCGGCGGAGAUGGCCUCGACGAUGAUCUGCCGCCGGCCUACGAGCGGCGCCGUGAGUACACCAGACGCGAGCCGCUCUCCAACUACAGCCAGGCCAGCCAGUUGACACCGGACUCCUCCUCCGGCAGCCUGUCGCCGCCCAUCAACGUUACCACCCCGCCAUUGUCCAGCGGCGAGGCCAGCAACUCGGCCUGGACGCGAACAGCCUACCAGGAGUCAUCGGCGGCCAACGCGGCCAGCAGCCACUUUCCCCAUCAUCUGCAGGCGCCGCCAGGGGGCUUGCACGGCGAUUACCCAGGCAGCUCCCCGUUUCUGCAGCUGGCUCAUCCCGCGCAACAGCAGCACCAACAGCAACGCCUCACAGCUGCCGCCCUUGAGAAUGUGCCCUUCAUAGCCAAGGUAUUUUGACAGAGAUACUAUGCGGAAAACCUCGCCAGUUGUACGGCAACGGCCACGGCAUCGUCAUCAGCAUCAGUAUCAGCGCCGGCGGCUGUGGUCACAAGUUCUUUGUCCAAAACAUUGCCAACGGCAACCAAGUCCAGCACAAGCUUGAGCAGCGAUCUGCUGAUCGAUUGA